AUGGCGUACAACGCAGGCACCACGGCUGGGGAGCGGGAGGUCCGCCUCCCCCGCGCGACUGCGGUGAAGAAUCGACAGGCAGCGAGCAAGCAGAUUACUGCGGAGCAAAUCCUGCGUGAAUCCAAGGCACUACAAGCAGAUGAUUUUAAAGCGCCUGUGGUCAAGAUUUCCGACCCGGAGGAGCUCGCAGAAUACCGGCUGGCGAAGCGCAAGGAGAUGGAGGACGAUGUGCGGCGGGUGGGGCGCUGGAACCCCACGGUCUGGGUCAAGUACGCGCAGUGGGAGGAGCAGCAGAAGGACUUCCGGCGCGCGCGCUCCGUGUGGGAACGCGCCCUGGACACCGACCACCGCAACGUCUCGCUCUGGCUCAAGUACGUGGAGAUGGAGAUGCGGCACCGCUUCGUCAACCACGCGCGCAACGUGUGGGACCGGGCAGUGUCCCUGCUCCCCCGCAUCGACCAGCUCUGGUACAAGUACAUCCACAUGGAGGAGAUGCUUGGGAACGUGGCGGGGGCCCGCCAGAUCUUUGAGCGCUGGAUGAAGUGGGAGCCCGACCACCACGGCUGGACGGCCUACAUCAAGGUACUUGGGAUGGAGCUGCGGUACAACGAGGCAGGACGAGCGCGGGACAUCUACGAGCGGUAUGUGCGCUGCCUGCCGGACGUCAAGUCCUGGGUGCGCUACGCCAAGUUUGAGAUGAAGCAAGGCGACGUGGCGGCUGCACGCCGCUGCUACGAGCGUGCCGUGGAGGAACUGGGCGAAGACUCGCAGUCGGAGGAGCUGUACAUCCGCUUCGCCGAGUUCGAGGAGAAGGUAAAGGAGCCGGAGCGGGCACGCGCCAUCUUCCGGUACGGACUGGACACCCUGCCGCGCUCUGGCGUGGGCGAGCUCUACAAGCGCUUCGUGGCCUUUGAGAAGCAGCAGGGCAGCAGGGAGGGGAUCGAGGAGGUGAUCGUUUCCGAGAGGCGGCAGCAGUACGACGCCGAGGUACGCGCCAAUCCCCUGUCCUACGACACCUGGUUCGACUACAUCCGGCUGGAGGAGGGCGCUGGAGACCUUGGCAGGAUACGGGAGGUGUAUGAGCGCGCCAUCGCCAAUGUGCCCCCCGCGCCGGAGAAGCGAUACUGGCAGCGCUACAUCUACCUCUGGAUCAUGUAUGCCCUGUUCGAGGAGCUGGUGGCAGAGGACGUUGAGCGGACGCGAGAGGUGUAUCGCGCCUGCCUGAAGCUCAUCCCCCAUGCGGCAUUCACCUUCUCCAAGAUCUGGAUCAUGGCCGCACAGUUCGAGGUGCGGCAGCUGCGCCUGGACGCGGCGCGCCGCAUCCUGGGCAUGGCCCUGGGCAUGGCCCCCAAGGACAAGCUCUUCCGCUCCUACAUCGACAUGGAGCUGGCCCUGGGCGCCGUUGACCGGUGCCGGACCCUGUACGAGAAGUAUGUGGAGUGGAACCCCGCCUCGGCGGGGGCCUGGGCGCGCUGGGCGGAGCUGGAGCGGGGCCUGGGGGAGGAUGAGCGCGCGCGCGGGCUGUACGAGAUGGCGGUGAGCCAGCCCGCUCUGGACGGCCCGGAGCUGCUGUGGAAGGCUUUCAUCGACUACGAGAUCGCGAGCGGGCGGCGAGACGCUGCGCGCGCGCUGUAUGAGCGCCUGCUGGCCCGCACCCGCCACGUCAAGGUCUGGCUCAGCUACGCGCGCUUCGAGGCCACGCCGCUGGCCCUGCUGGCGCAGCGCGAUGAGGAAGGGGAGGAGGAGGGCAGGGCGGAGGCCAAGGAGGAGGCCUUGCUCCUGCUGGAGGCCUGGCGCGCCAUGGAGGCGGCCAGCACCUGCCGCCCGGCAGAGGAGACCGAGGCGGCGGUGGCCGCCGUGGCCGCCAAGAUGCCGCGGCGGGUGAAGCGGAAACGCGCCAUCGUGCUGGAGGACGGCACACCCGCGGGCGGCACGGAGGAGUACUACGACUACAUCUUCCCGGACGAGGCGGCGGCGGCGCCCAACCUCAAGAUCCUGGAGGCGGCGUACAAGUGGAAGCGGGCGCGCAUGGAGGCGGGCGUGGACGCCUGA